AUGAAACACCUUGGGCAUAUAUAUGAAAAUAAUGGCACCAAAAAUGGAACAAGUUAUUUUAAAUGCAGCAAAGCUCACUCACAUUUUUGUACCGGAUCUUUAAAAAGAUUACCGAAUGGGCAAACAAUUGUUCUCAAACCACAUAAUCACGAUCAUUGUGUAAAUGAAAAUUUAAUUGAUAAUUUCCGUGAAGUGUUGAAACACAGAGCUUCUACAGAAAAUGGUCUGUUAAAAAAUUUAUACGACAAAGAAGCAAGAAGGUAAAUCACUUUAGUUUACUUAAGAUUUAUAACAAUUUGUUAGUAUUAUUAUCAAUUUCU